AUGGGCCACGUGCGUGCGUCGUCCGUCGACGCGGUCCUCGAGUCGGUCUUCCCGGACCAGAAGUAUCUCUUUCAGUACCGUUCGCUCGCGCAAGCAAGGUCCACUCCUGUUCGCCUCACACCGCUCUCGUCCCGCCGCGCUCGCUUUUUGACGAAUUACUGCCCCAUCGACCAGGUUCCACUGCAAGAGCCUUGCGACGUCACCGACAUUCGACUGCUCCUCAACCCGGACAUUGCUGGCCUCUUUGAUCAGGAGCAGCUCCUUCGCGUCCUCGACAUGUCCGUCGAUGAGCUUUUUACUCUCGACCAAGCGUGCGGCGCUGCUACGAAGAGCGUCGUGGCGUACGUCUCGACAUGCUUCAGCCGGCUCGUGGCUACGGCUGCGGAAAUGGCCAUUGCACUUUUCGAAGCCGCGCACGAAGCCGUGACGCCACACGAAACUCGACAGGCUCAAGGAACAUUGACGUCCAUCCAGCAGCGGUUGCAUACCCCGCGCUGUUUGAAGGCCUGGCCCACCGCUGCGCCCGCCAACCACUUUCAAAAGGAGCUCGAUCGCCGCCGCAAGCUUCAAUCGCAACUCGAUCGCGCUGUUUGGCACGCCCAAGAGUGGGCCCGGGAUCAAUGCUCCGUCCAAGCACUCAUGGUGGCGGCCGCGCAGCGCAUCCCGUUGGCGGUCCGUCGUUUCCAGACGAUUUUUAUGCGUCUGCGCCUUCGGCUGCUCUACGAUCGCUUUCACCGGUGGGAGGUCCAAGUGCGCUGGGCACAGGUUCAAGACCGUGUCCACCGCUUCUUUACAACGUAUUACGUCUUUUGA